AUGCGCGAGAAGGUUACAUCCAUCAAGAAAAGCUUACUCGAUGAGCUUAAAGAAAUAGAAGGCGAUAGAGAUCAUCUAAUCGCCGCUGUGCGUGGCUACCCUGGCAUGGAGACUCCCAACUGGCAUGCUCUUGAAUACAUUCCUGGGCGCAGUAUCCAUCAUCUACUAAGACAACACGCGACAUACAAAGUACACGGGCUGCCACCUUGUGUCGUCUUUCACGUCUUUGCCGAACUCGUACGCGUCCAAAGGCACCUCAAACAGCACGGAUACUGCCAUAUUGACCUGAAAGGAGGCGGCAACGUCAUGCUAAGCAACAAAGAUGACGACGUCUUCCCGACCGUAACACUCAUCGACUUUGGGGGGAUUAUGCCUUACAAUCGGUCCAAGGAGCUUGAGCAUACCCUCCACUUAGCCAGGAAGAUGUGGAAGAGAAACACGGAGGUUGCUGAACACUGGCGACCAGAGCAGAUCAAAGAAGAAGAUUGGAAGCAAGCCAACGAUCAGUGCAAAAUGAUCCAUGAUCGAGCAGUAGGCGAGAUAAAAGAGACGGACACACUAGAAGACCUUUGGAAGGAACGUGAAAUUUUUUUCGAGGAGCUAAAGCAGAGCUUGACAGAUGACGCGGCACUCAAGGAGUUACGAGAAGCACUAGACGAUGGGAAGAUCACGGAACAAGAUGUGGUGGAGAACGAAGAGUUGGAUCUUAAAGAGGAUUGGGAUGUGGGCAUGGGAAUGGAGUACAUGAACUUGUGGAAGACGUCUUCAAAGGAUGGCGACGGAGACUCACUGAAGUUGAUCUGA